CUUCCAUCCUUCUCAUCCUCGACGAUCAGCUUUCACACUUCUGAAGCGUUUACUUACGAGGCGACGACAUAGAAGCUCUGAGUUUGAGCUUUAGAUUGUCGAGUGUUUCGGCAGCCAAGCCCCGCUCUUUCUUAUCUAUACACCGCACUUCGCACUCCGCACACCGCACAUCGAUAUCGGUCGCUUUACCCCGUUGAACGGAGGAUAGCAUUUACUCCCGGAAUCUUUACGCCAGUUACAUUUAGAAACUUACAAUCACAACGUCGAUGACCAGCGCGAUGGCGACCUCGGCGAUUGACGAACAAGGUCUCGUCGACAUCCUGCGCUCGCUGACCGUGAGCCCUCUUCCUCCGAACAAGAUUACGUAUCCACACAGCCCUGUGGUCGAAGCUGAGUUACGGAAUGUUGCGGGGUAUUUACAGCAGCAUGCGGCGAGGGUGAAUGGGUUACCGACACCCGCUCAUCUUCCCGGCGAUGAACUCCCCACCACGCCCAGUACUACUGGCUCUUCCCUCCUCCUUCAAGUUCCGACGCCGGGCACGAGUCCUAGCAACGGAAAUGCCCUCCGCAAAAUCGGUGAAGUAACAAAAGCCGUCGCAAAAGGUGACCUCUCCAAGAAAAUCUCCAUCCAGCAUUCACCCCAACCUGCUACCCCCGGCACGUCCGAGUGUGGUGCCGAUUAUGGUGAGGGGUUGAGUGGAGGCGCAGGCGAGAUUCUGGAGUUGAAGAGUACGAUUAAUGAGAUGGUUGAUCGGUUGAGGGUGUUUGCGCUUGAGGUUACGCGUGUGGCACGUGAAGUCGGGACGGAGGGUAGGUUGGGUGGUCAGGCUACCAUCAAGGAUGUGGAAGGUACUUGGCGCGAAUUGACAGACAACGUAAACGUCAUGGCCCUCAACCUCACAAACCAAGUCCGCUCCAUCGCACAAGUUACGACGGCUGUAGCGAAGGGAGACUUGAGUCGCAAAAUUGAGGUUCAUGCACAGGGUGAGAUUGCGGAGUUGAAGACGACGAUUAAUAACAUGGUGGGGAAGUUGAGGGAGUUUUCGGAUGAGGUUACGAGGGUUGCGAGGGAGGUUGGUACGGAGGGGAGGUUGGGAGGGCAGGCGGAGAUUAGGGGUGUUGAGGGGUGUUGGAGGGAGUUGACGGAUAACGUGAAUGUUAUGGCGAGUAACUUGACUGGUCAAGUGCGUUCCAUCGCGGAAGUCACUACCGCCGUCGCUCGCGGUGACUUGUCGAAGAAGAUCGAGGUCCAUGCGCAGGGUGAGAUUGAGGCCUUGAAGGUCACGAUCAAUAGCAUGGUGGAUAAGUUGCAGCAGUUCACGCAGCAAGUCUCGACGCUUGCACGUGAAGUCGGAACCGAGGGACGCCUUGGGCAGCAGGCUGUUGUCGAGGAUGUCGAGGGAACGUGGAAGGAGUUACAGGAUAACGUCAACCACAUGGCGACAAACUUGACGAACCAGGUCCGUUCGAUCGCACAAGUCACCACAGCCGUCGCCAUGGGUAACCUCGACCGUAAGAUCGAGGUCGAGGCCAAGGGAGAGAUUUUGGAACUCAAGAGCACGAUCAACAAGAUGGUUGAUCAGUUGCGUGUUUUCGCGGGUGAGGUGACAAGAGUCGCAAAGGAAGUCGGUGUCGAUGGAAAACUUGGUGUGCAGGCACAGGUCAAUGACGUUCAUGGUCUCUGGAAGGAGAUCACGUUUAACGUCAACCAGAUGGCGUCGAACUUGACCUCCCAGGUGCGUGCAUUUGCGCAGAUUACUGCUGCUGCGACAGAUGGUGAUUUCACACGUUUCAUUACUGUCGAGGCGAGUGGUGAGAUGGAUACGCUUAAGACGAAGAUUAACCAGAUGGUGUUCAAUCUUCGUGAGAGUAUCCAGAAGAAUACUGCGGCGCGUGAGGCGGCUGAGUUGGCGAAUAGGAGUAAGAGUGAGUUCUUGGCCAACAUGUCCCACGAGAUUCGUACCCCAAUGAAUGGAAUUAUCGGAAUGACGAUGUUGACGCUCGAGACGGAGUUGAAUCGGACUCAGAGGGAGAAUUUGCUGAUUGUCCAGAAUUUGGCGAAUUCAUUGUUGCUGAUUAUCGAUGAUAUCCUCGAUAUCUCGAAGAUCGAGGCGAAUCGGAUGACGGUUGAGGAGAUUCCGUUCUCGUUGAGGAGUGCGGUCUUUGGCGUUCUCAAGACUUUGACGGUGAAGGCUAGCCAGAAGAACCUGGAUUUGACGUAUGAUAUGGAGAACAAACUCCCGGAUCAGUUGAUUGGAGAUCCGUUUAGGUUGCGUCAGGUCAUUACUAACCUUAUUGGAAACUCAAUCAAGUUUACGAGUGAGGGUGGAGUGAAUUUGAGUGUUCGCUACGUCAGCCGUGCGUUUAACCAGAUCGUGCUUGAGUUCUGCGUCGAGGAUUCUGGAAUCGGAAUUCAGGAGGAUAAACUCGAUAUCAUCUUUGACACUUUCUGUCAGGCUGACGGGUCUACGACGCGUAAGUUUGGUGGUACCGGGUUGGGGCUCUCCAUCUCGAAACGCUUGGUGAAUUUGAUGGGCGGUGAGAUGUGGGUACAGUCCGAGUUUGGCAAGGGCUCGAAGUUCUAUUUCACGCUUACGUGUAGACUCGACGAUCCUUCGCCCGCGGCGAUCAUACAGAAGUUGGAGCCGUUUAGGGGGAAGAGCAUCUUGUUUAUUGAUACGUUGCCUGACAUGACUGGUGCUGCGUCUGUCAUCAAGGAGCUUGGGUUGAACCCGUAUGUUGUCCGUUCGAUCGAUGAGGCGAAUACAAGGAAGAAGGAUGUGCCUUUGUUUGACACGAUCUGUGUAGAUGGCUUGGAAAGUGCGAUGAGGUUGAGGAGUAUUAAUCAUCUCCGGUAUAUUCCUGUUGUGCUCGUUACGCCUUCUAUUCCGCAUCUCAAUUUGAAGGAGUGUUUGGAUUUGGGGAUUACUUCGUACGCUAACACGCCUACGAACGUCGUUGAUCUCGGUACUGCGCUUUUGCCUGCGCUUGAGAGUCGUGCUGCGCCGUCGUCGUCAGACAAGGCCGUUACCUUUGAUAUCCUUCUUGCAGAGGAUAACUUGGUUAACCAGAAGCUUGCUGUCAAGAUCCUGGAGAAGUUCCAUCAUCGUGUCGAGGUCGUCGAGAACGGUUUGCAAGCCGUCGAGGCGGUCAAGUCGAAGAUGUAUGAUGUCGUCCUCAUGGACGUGCAGAUGCCCGUUAUGGGCGGAUUUGAAGCUACCGCCAAGAUUCGCGAGUGGGAAGAGGAGAAAGGUGGACCACGUCUUCCGAUUAUCGCACUCACUGCUCACGCCAUGUUGGGUGAUCGUGAGAAGUGUUUGCAGGCCGGUAUGGACGAGUAUGUCACUAAGCCUCUGCGCAUGAGCGAGUUGAUGCAGACUGUGAAUAAGUGUGAAGAUCGCGAAGCACGAUCAGAUUCCUCCGGGUUCGCCUUCGAAGGUGAGGUAUUCGAGAAGUCAGUCUGGACCCGAGGUGAGCAGGCCUUCGACUCCGGGAGAGGGCGAUGUCCCGGCUGAGUUGGGCUUUGUUCCCGGAGAUAUUGGAACGCAGCCUACUGCCGCGAGUGAGACGUUGCCAGGUAGCAUGGUUAUGCCUCCCUUGAACAGACACCAUACUGCUAAGGAGUAGGGUGUUACUUUUUUGCUUAUUGUAUACAUGUACAUUCGAGAUGGAGAUGGGAUGGAAUGGUUAUUGGGAACAGGGUUUAUGAGCGCUUCUUGUACUUGACAUUGCUCCUCUUUUUUUACUUUUUCUUUUGUCUUAGGAUAUGGAACGAUCGCGUAGGCGUUAGAUGUAUUACACUUGCAUACAAUUAAGAUGACGCUGGGCG